UUUUAUUUCAGAACCAGCCACGCCAGUCGUCUUGACCAGCUCUCAGUCCACCUGCACUAGACAUCCCCUCCCUCCGGAGGUAUCGCGACCUUGAAACAUGCGCCUCGCCUGAACGACCGCCCUCGUCCGUAACGGGGGCGAGGGGGCGGUGCCUUGGAGCCAUGGGCGGCGGGCGGGUGAUUGCGCUGUUGCUGGUGCUGCCCGUCUUCGUAUACUGCGACACUGCUGGUUUUAUGAAGAGCGCUAAGAUCAGCACGCGAAUCGUACAGACUCGAUACGGACGGUUACAGGGGCUGAUCGUUCCUAUGGACACGCAUCGGUACUUGAAACCAAUCGAAGUGUUCCUCGGCGUUCCCUACGCGACUCCUCCAGUGUCGUCGAACCGGUUCUCCCCAACGCGGACCCCCAGUCCGUGGGAAGGGGUCAGAGUGUCCGACAAGCCGGGUCCCGUGUGCCCCCAAAGACUGCCGGACAUUACCAAUGAGACUGCGGCUUUGGAACGUAUGCCCAAAGGCAGGUUGGAGUACCUCAAGAGGUUAUUGCCGCUGCUCAGGAACCAGAGCGAAGAUUGUUUGUACCUCAACAUCUACGCGCCAGCUCAAGGUCAGUACAAAUCCUUCAAUCAAUGA